AUGCCUAAUAUGUGCGCGGAUUGUGCAACGAUCUGCACACCCAGUAAAGUAACAUACCCACACCCCUUAGACGACCGCGCACGCAAAAGUUCUCGCCAUUGGAGAUCGAUAAAUUACAUCCCAGGUAACAAAUACAGACGCGCUAUUCUCGUAGGUGUUGGGCUUGUUGUCUUAUGGUACCUUCACAGUUGUAAGCUAAUACCUCCACAUAUAGCGAGCGACGGAGGCGUGCAUUCAAAAAUAGCGUUUGGCACGGAACGUGAUGUAUCUGCAGGAUCCAAUUUACUAGUAGACAGGAAGACUAUAAACGAUUCGGAUGCAAUACUUGAGAGAAUCGAUAUAGAUACAGAUACUGAGAUAGCCACUGCAAAUCGAUAUAACACCGAACAUGUGGGUAUGGACAGAGAUCACAUAUCUGGUGGUGGUACAUCAUCGGAAGAUAUGAAAUUAGAUGACGGUGAUGCUGCCGUUGAAAAGCAAAAGAAUAGGAAAAACACACAAAGUAUAGAUAUAGUUGCUGAUAAAGAUGAUAUUGUGAUCGACGCCAACAGGCCCAGCCUCAUAAAUACAUCACAGACAACAUACAUGCAAUCCGAUAACAUAGGAGGUGCGGGUAAGUCGACUUUCUCAGGAAGAGUUGCGGCAGACAUAUCGGAUGGGCAACAACGUGUAAAUACGUUGAAAAGUUUCUCAAGUCGACUGUCGCAACAGGGAUCCCUGGAAGGUUCCGAUGUCUCUUUGAAAAGUAUACAGAUACAAACACCGGAAGUUUCCUUGCAAAAAACAAAUAAACAGCAAGGAUUUCAAGAUGAAUUUGUAAGGGAGCCCACUGAUGAGUUUGUCCCCAGGGCUAAUGAUGAACGCCUGAGCUAUGUAUUGAAUUCUGCCGCAGGCGUGCAAGGACUAACUGCAGAUACUGGAUUAUCGUUCAUUCCCGAAUAUAGCCCGGAAAGUAUGUUCUAUCGUAUGACUGGAGACCAGGUCUAA